UGUAUAACCGAAAGUAUAAUAUGUGCGGGCUACGGCUCGAUUCCCUUGUAGCCAUAUUCCUAUUGGGUCACGUCGUCAGCCAUCCCAUGGUGGCGUAGUAAUACAGCCGUUGAAGGCAGGUGCGCGCGCACUGGGGAACUACUUUCAGCGCGUUAAGCGAACAAUAGGGAUCCCAGAAGUGUUUCGGACGCGGUCGUGUUCGUAUACGGUUGCCGCAUGCUUUUUUCUCGUAUUGCCUCGCGUGAACGUGUAUACACUUUUACUGGACGUAUCGGAGGUGACAGAUUUCGGACGAUGUGCGUGGUCAAGUGACGGUACGCGGAUUUUAUACUGAAGUGCACCGAAGUGUUGGUUCUCUCUAGUGUGUGCGCCCAAGCCCCGAUGAGUGUGUGUCUACCCGAUGUGUGUGGAUAAAAUUCACGGCAUCAUGUUGCCACGACGAAAAUUGGAUUACGCAUCGAUGGCGUGUCUCCUUCUGCCUCUGUUUAUCAUCGUUUCUCUCCCCGCGGUAUCCGGUAUCGUGUCGUGUUCGCCGAGCCCUUGCAAGAACGGAGGAGUCUGCGUGUCACCGUUGCGCGGCGAGUCGCAUUGCGAAUGCACGUCGAAAUUCGUGGGGGAGUACUGCCAGCAUCUAAACCCCUGCCACACGGGCCCACGGUGCCAGAACGGUGGCUCGUGCAGGGUGAAGGAAAGCAUCGGGGGUGGUACGCCAUCGUUCGCCUGUUCCUGCCCCGUCGGAUUUACAGCGAGCCUCUGCGAGAUCCCGCUCGAGAACGCGUGCGACUCGUCCCCGUGCCUGAACGGCGCCACUUGCAAUUUGAAGUCUCUCCACGAAUACGUGUGCACCUGCGCCACUGGAUACACCGGUAAGACCAUAUUCUCUUCCCUCGUAAUUUCAUUCUCUUAA